UCAACUGCAUGUAAACAAUCGUAAUUGAGGUUAUUUCGACAAAACAUAAAAUACAGAAUAUGUCGUGUACAAAGUGAAGAUAACCUGUACCAAGCAAACAAGCACAAUACAUAUAUUUGCAGUUGUGAUUUAAGUUAGUAGAAGACUCAUUAUGGAUGCCGAUCUGUAUGAUGAAUUUGGCAAUUACAUCGGGCCCGAUUUAGCCUCUGAUAGCGAAGAUGAAAACGAAUACGGAAAUGCUGGAGACGAUGUCGACGACAGAGAACGCUCCGACGAGGAGAUGGAAGAGGACAAAGACGAAUCUAGGGAACAAUCGGAGCAAGGCAAUUCUAUGGCUGUUGUCUUGCACGAAGAUAAAAGAUAUUAUCCUAGCGCAUUAGAAGUUUACGGACCAGAGGUUGAAACACUGGUGCAAGAAGAAGAUGCCCAACCAUUGGACAAACCGUUAAUAGCACCAACCAGAAAACCAAAAUUCCAAAUAAAACAACAACAACUUCCAGAUACAACGUAUAGCAUUGAAUUUUUGGCUGACAUGAUGGAUGCACCGCAUCUGAUACGGAAUGUUGUGUUGCUUGGUCACUUACACCAUGGCAAGACCACGCUUGUAGAUUGUUUAGUAAGACAGACUCAUCCCUAUUUACACAGCGUGACGGAUGAAAAACCACUGAGGUAUACGGAUACGCUAUUCACGGAACAGCAACGAGGCGUAUCGACAAAAGCAACGCCGGUCACUCUGUUGUUGCAGGACGUGAAAUCGAAAUCUUAUCUUUUGAACAUAUUCGAUACACCUGGUCACGUAAACUUUUCCGACGAGGCGACAGCAGCGAUACGCUUAUCCGACGGAGCUAUACUGAUCGUGGAUGCCGCCGAGGGUGUAAUGUUAAAUACAGAACGCCUAUUGAAGCACGCACUACAAGAAAAGCUUGCUUUGACAGUCUGUAUAAAUAAGAUAGAUCGACUUAUUUUGGAACUGAAAUUACCGCCGUUAGACGCGUACUAUAAACUGAGACACAUCAUCGAGGAAAUCAACGGACUGAUAGCCCUCUAUUCGGACAAUGAAAAUCCAUCUUUUGUCUCGCCCGCGAUUGGAAACGUUUGUUUCGCAAGUUCGGAGUACAACGUUUGUUUCACCCUGAAAUCCUUCGCCGCGCUCUACGCCAAGACUCAUCUCACAUUAAACGCCAAUGAGUUUGCGAAAAGGCUAUGGGGCGACAUAUACUUCAACUCGAAAACACGGAAGUUUACCAAGAAACCGCCACACAACACGGCUCAACGCAGCUUCAUCGAGUUUAUUCUCGAACCACUAUAUAAAAUAUUUGCACAGGUUGUCGGUGACGUUGACACGACUUUACCCGACGUGCUGGACGAAUUGGGCAUCAGAUUAACGUCAGAGGAAAUGAAGAUGAACAUCAGACCUCUGUUGAGGCUUGUCUGUACACGCUUUCUGGGAGACAUGUGCGGACUGGUGGAUAUGUGUGUAGCCCACGUUCCUAGUCCUCAAUCUCACGCACCAGUGAAAGUUCAACACGUGUACACGGGUCCAAUGGAUUCACCCCUUGCGCAGAACAUGAUCAAUUGUGAUCCAGAUGGAAGGUUAAUGAUUCACAGCACAAAAAUGUAUCCUACCGAAGACUGCACGCUGUUCGUAGUCCUUGGAAGAGUGAUGUCCGGUACCCUGGAGGCAGGACAACGCGUCCGCGUGUUGGGCGAGGCGUAUUCGCGGACGGACGAGGAAGAUUCUCGCAUUCUCACCGUUGGUAGAUUAUGGAUCAGCGAGGCUCGCUACUCGAUAGAGCUGAACAGAGUUCCAGCCGGCAAUUGGGUACUCAUCGAGGGCAUAGACAGGCCGAUCGUGAAAACUAGCACGAUCACCGAUCUCAACAGUUCGGACGAUCUGCACAUUUUCCGACCGCUGAAGUUCAACACGCAGAGUGUGAUUAAAAUCGCGGUCGAGCCCGUCAAUCCGUCGGAACUUCCGAAAAUGUUGGACGGUCUGAGGAAGGUGAACAAAAGCUACCCGUUGCUGGGCACCAGGGUCGAGGAGAGCGGUGAACACGUGGUACUGGGAACUGGUGAAUUGUACUUGGACUGUGCCAUGCACGACUUGCGUCGUAUGUACUCAGAGAUCGACAUUAAAGUGGCAGAUCCCGUGGUCGCGUUUGCGGAGACAGUGGUGGAAACGAGUUCACUAAAGUGUUUCGCUGAGACGCCAAACAAGCGCAACAAACUGACGAUGAUCGCAGAGCCUCUUGAAAGGGGCCUUGCCGAGGACAUAGAGGCGGAACACGUUCGAAUCACAUGGAACAAAAAACGAUUGGGAGAAUUCUUUCAAACGAAAUACGAUUGGGACUUGCUAGCGGCCCGAAGCAUAUGGGCGUUCGGGCCAGACGCCACAGGCCCCAAUAUUCUAGUAGACGAUACCCUGCCAUCGGAAGUGGACAAAUCGUUGCUGAACAGUGCACGAGACGCCAUCAUUCAAGGGUUCCAGUGGGGCACUCGAGAGGGUCCCCUUUGCGAGGAGCCGAUCAGAAACGUGAAAUUCAAGAUCCUGGACGCGGUUAUCGCCCAGGAACCUCUUCACCGAGGAGGUGGUCAGAUAAUUCCAACAGCGAGAAGAGUGGCUUAUUCCGCUUUUCUCAUGGCGACGCCCAGGUUAAUGGAACCCUAUUUGUUCGUGGAAGUUCAAGCACCCGCGGACUGUGUGUCCGCCGUGUACACGGUGCUGGCCAAGAGAAGAGGACACGUGACUCAAGACGCUCCUGUUCCCGGAAGCCCGUUGUACACCAUCAAAGCGUUCAUACCAGCGAUCGAUAGCUUCGGUUUCGAGACCGACCUACGAACCCACACACAGGGUCAGGCGUUCUGCUUGUCGGUGUUCCACCAUUGGCAGAUCGUGCCCGGCGAUCCGUUGGACAAGAGUAUCACGAUCCGACCGCUCGAGCCACAGCCGGCCACACACCUGGCCAGAGAGUUCAUGCUGAAAACACGAAGGCGAAAGGGACUUUCGGAAGACGUUUCCAUCAACAAAUUCUUCGACGAUCCUAUGUUGCUCGAAUUGGCGAGACAAGAUGUACUAUUAAAUUAUCCAUUGUAA